AUGGCGCGACAGGACGGCGGCACCAGGACACCACUAGGUGUCGACCCAUCGGGAAUGAUGGAAAGUCUUAGAGAGGAACUCCGAGAACAUUCGCACAACAAAAUCCAYACCACUGUUGUGAUACCACGACUAAUUAACACGAGUGCUGACUACAUGAAAUCCAUCAACAGCAGGUUGCCGGUGUUAAGUGUGGAAUGUGCAGCUAAAGCUACAGUUGACGGGAUAUUGACGAACGAAGUUGAAUUCACUAUUCCUCAUAUAACAUAUUUUACAAAUAUUCUACGGAAACUUUUCCCCGUCAAUAUUUCGGAUUCGAUAAAAAAUGUUUUCUACGUGAAAAUCUUGUUGCCACCACAAGAAGACCAGGACAAUCUGCCCAAUAUGUCAAUCAUCAAUCGUACUGUAGCUGCUAACUGAAAA